AUGGCCUACGCUUUCCCUGAUGUCUUCCAAACCUUACAUCAAGACGUGAUUGCUACAAGAUCACCGGGUAAUGAACCAAGAAGAAGUACACAUGGCGUGGGCUUUACCGAAAUGAGACUCAUCAAGAGCAACCUUCCACCAAAUUCAGCUGGUAUGGACCGCCUGGAAUCCCCGAACCAGGUCAUAUCGCGCGACGGAUUGAAGCAUCCCCUCGAAAGCGUGCACAUUGGUGGAUCGAUCUCGAUCGAUGUUUGGUUGUCCUCAAAAGAAGAGCGGAUGCAGACCGCCGAGGGCCGCCGCUACGUCUACCUGCGACAUUUGGGGCCCGAAAGCCUGGACGGCGGGCUCGCUUUUCUGCCGCCAUCUUCCUGGCUGAUUGUUACAACGAUUGGGGAUCCUGUUAGAGUCCGAAUAUUUGCAUGUAGGAGAACAUCAUCGACCCACGCCUCCAGUGCAGUUUACGACAAAGGGAGCACGAUGUUGAGAAUUGAGGAGUGGGUCACUUGUUUGGUAACCAAGUCAAGCCGAGACCGGUAUAAGGUUGCCGAAUUGAUGGCGCAGCACUUUGGGAUGUUACUCCUCGUGAGUCUGGGCGGUAGAUUGAGAUCCCUAGUCAAGGAAAGGGAACGGUGGGAGCUGAGGAAAGAGCUCCUCACCCAAUGGUAG